AUGGUGUCCAGCGAGAGAGACACGCGGCGGAGAACCCCUGAGGGUAUUGCGAAAAUCGAGUUACUGCUCCUCGUUUUGUUAAUACUGGAAGUACGCCUUCAGAGAGUUGUCCCAUGGUUUCACUCAAGUAUACUAUUACAAGCUCCAAAAGGACAUUACGUGGAACUGAAUUUCACCAUGGAGAGUUCAUAUCUAACACCCUGCAUUGAUGAUAAGUACCUUGAGGUUCGUGAUGGAUACAACAAGUCUGCCAAUCUUCUUGGUGUAUUUUGUGGAAGGAACAUCUCUGUUAUUGUGCGAUCCAGAGGACAGAACUUGUGGAUCAGAAAAUCAGCCCAUAAUUUUAGCAGGUUUCGGGGCUCGUACACCAACAAAACACUGAACUUUACAGUUGAACCCAACCUAGACAAGGUGGCCAAAACUCAAUUUGUUAUUUUCAACCAAACUUCAUCUCUUUGGUGUCCAGCACAAGGUGCACCAGCACCAUCUAUAGUUUGGAGAAAGAACGGCAUUGUGGUACAGAACAGUACAGGUGUCAAAUAUCAGCUUACCAUUACUGAGGAGAACAAUGACAAGUACAGCUGUGAAGUGAAGAAAGAGAAUGGUUAUGACAAGAAAGAAAUCCGUCUUGUCAUUGAAAGCUGCCCAAAUACCUGUCGAUGUACAAUUGCAGUUGGAAUCAUGGACGCAGCUACUUGCAUUGAAUGUCGAGGAAAACACUUACAGACAGUUCCACGGCACUUACCCUUUUCUACAGCGAAAUUGCGGUUACAAAAUAACAAGAUCAAGAAGCUGCGAGGUGACUCGUUUUCUCAGUUAGUCAGGCUGCGAGAGCUAAUCUUAAAUGGAAACCAGAUAGAGAGGCUACCAGCUGAAGUCUUCAAAAACAACUCCGAGUUGGCCUUCUUAUGGCUACAAAACAACGGAAUCAGAAAGCUUCCUAAACACGUUUUCAAAGAUUUGACUAAUUUGGAAGAGUUGGAUCUGUCUAAUGACAAGGUUAAGAGUCUGGCACAAGACGUCUUUAGUAACUUGACAAAUCUUACAAGCCUGUUUUUGUCCAAAAACCAGAUUGAAGAAUUACCAUCAAAGAUAUUUGUUUACCUGACCAAGCUUAAGGCAUUAAAAAUAGAGGAAAAUAAGUUAAUAAAGCUCCAUCCAAAACAAUUUCGCGGACUGGCAAAGCUGUCUGAGCUCUAUCUGUCGGGAAACAAACUCAUAAAUUUGCCACAAGGAAUUUUCAAAGGCCUAAAGGAGCUUGAGAUUCUAGAACUCUUUGACAACGAAUUGAGGAACGUUUCCAUCGACAACUUCAACGAAAUCAGGCAGUUAAAAAUUCUAUAUUUGCAUUAUAACUACAUGAGGAAGAUUCCCAAUGAAUUUUUUGAAGAGUUGAAGGAUAUAUUACGAGUGAGUUUGGACACAAACCUGAUGUGUUGUCAUAUGCACAAGGAGGACGCUGACUGUGCUUUCAUUGAUAACGACGACUUUGCCAACUGUGAGAGCAUGUUCAAGAACCCAACCCCGAGGAAGAGCAUAUGGGCAGUCGGCUCCCUUUCCCUGGCUGGGUCGGUGUUUGUCAUCACAUGGCGUUCAGUCUUUAAGGAUACAAACACGGUACAAUCAAUCAUGUUGUUGCACUUGGCAGUCUCCGAUGGUUUAAUGGGAGCAUACCUAAUCACACUCGGUGUCAAAGAUCUGUUGUGGAGAGGAGAGUAUUACUUACAUGACUUCCAGUGGCGGUCCAGUUUGGCUUGCCAGAUAACUGGUGCCACCUCUUUGCUAUCCAGUGAGGCCUCCUUGCUGCUGAUGGCUUUGAUAUCUGCAGACCGACUCAAGAACAUUGUGUUCCCGUUCAGAGGUGGAGCACUUUCGCGGAAGAUGACCCACAUCCUUUGCACUAUCAUAUGGCUCGUCGGCUUCCUCCUGGCUUUCUUUCCGAUGUUUGGCUUGAGAUACUUCGAAGAUUUUAAAACAUAUCACAACUAUUACGGAAAAAGUGUUGUCUGCCUUCCCUUACAGCUCUCUCGUCACAAAACGGAAGGCUGGGAGUACUCUGUUUCUGUAUUUGUUGGCCUCAAUUUCUUCCUCGUCAUAUUCAUCACAGUUGCAUACCUCGCUAUAUUCAUAAGCAGAGUGCGAGUUAAAAACCAAUCAGCCAACACAAGGAGGGAGACCGGUCUGGCCAAGAGAGUGUUCUUCAUCAUCUUCACUGACUGUCUUUGCUGGAUGCCAAUCAUCGUGUUUGGUAUGAGGUCGCUUUUGGAGAAGAAUUUCGAGCCACCGAGAGACUUAGCGGCUUGGAUUGCCGUGUUUGCUCUGCCCAUCAAUUCAGCGAUAAACCCGAUUCUGUACACGUUAGCAACACCAAAGGCGCAAGAGUAUCUGGGAAGCAAAAUAGCAAUGCUGAGAAGCUUCAUACGGAGUACUUUUCACUGCAGUGAAUAUCAAGAGAGACAACAACAAGAUCCACGAGAGAUUGAAGAUAACGGACAACAAGAAGAUCAACAAGAAGGAGAAGCGGUGGAAAUGCAGAGUCUUGGAUUGCCACAUCCAGAUCAAGGUGUUUAA